AUGGAUCGUAUUCAACCUUUUAUAGAAGAGUGCUUAUUCACUAAAUGUUUUGAUAAUCCAAGGAAACCUAUCAAUGAGAAUAGAUUAACACAGACGUUGUUCUUGAUGCCAACUGAUGGAGGUCUGUCUACCAAGCUUAGAAAGAAGAGUAAGGCAAAACUUCUUCAUUCAAGUAGUAUGGGUGGAUCUGCUGGGUUAAAACAUCCAAAUUACAAGGCAGUGAACAAGAAUUCAAGAGUUUUGUUGAAGGAAUAUAUAAACAAAUGCAAUAAUGCAUCCGCAAGUUGCAAAAAGUUAGCCAAGAGACUAAAAAUUUCAGAUAGAGACCAGCUACAAAGGGUCCUUGAAGAGAAACACAAAGAUUUAUUGGAGCAACUGCCGAAUUUUGAAACUUUCUCCUCCAUGUUCGAAGAUAUAUGGUGUCCAUACAUGAAAGAAUUGUUGAACAUCCCAGAUAAUCACAAAGUUGGAAAUCCAUUACCUUUGAACUCUCAGCAAACUUUGAUCAAGCUCUCUAUGGCUGAUUAUAACGGGUGUAAGUUGAAGGUAUCUAAAUCCAAAAACAAGUCAUUAACUGGGAAAAAUGGUAUUGUAAUAUGGGAUGCUCAAAAGACAUUCAUAAUCAUAACGAAAGGCGGAUUAGUCGAUGAAUUGAAAAGCAUACCGAAGAAAGGAACAACUUUCGAUUUCGAGAUUCCAAUCAAUGAAGAAGAAUCUUUAGCCUAUACAAUUCUUGGUGAUAGAUUUAAAUAUAGAAGUGUUGAUAGAGCCGGUAGAAAAUUUAAGAGUCGCCGUUGCGAUGACCUAUUAUAUUACAUUAGUUAA